UUCCCAAAACGAGCCUCUUCUGCGCAAGACGGGUUUCUCGCUCCCAUCCAAUUACUCAUAACUUGGGCAGAUUCUGACAGGGCUGAUAUGGGCCCAUUCUGAAAUGUGAACUUGAGUCCUUGGUGUCUGCCACAUAUGCAGUCCCAUGAUUAGGAUGCCCUCCUGAAAUAGAUGGCAAAAUCCAAAGAAAGCUCCAUGAGCAGCAGAUGGAGAAAAGGAGAUGCAGCCAAAGGUGGUCACUCUGAAGAGGCCAUAAGAGGGGAGCCUAAUACCUGGGAGACCCUCUAGGGCAAAGACAUAGUCAGUGUGGUCAGCAAGAAAUGCAGUGCCACUGCCACCACCCUAUACUCACUCAUCAGCUUCCUGUUCUAUCAGUCACAGCCGUGCGCAACACUCAGAAGGAAACCACCAGACCAGCAGUCACACGACCAUGGACAGCCAGGGAGGAGGACAGCAGCCCAUGGAAGACUUGAUGUCUAACUCAGGCUGCUUGAUCUGCUGGUUGCUGCUUUGGAUGAUCCUGCCCAUCUAUCCCGUUUUUGCCCAGAAUGUCAACCAGCCCUCCCAUCUGGUAGUGACAGAGAGGCAGACUGCCAUCCUCAACUGCUCCACCUCCACCGUGUUCUUCAAGGGUACAGUCUCUUGGUUUCGAGUAACACAGGAUGGAAAGGAGCAGGUGUACCCCUCAAACUCAAAUCUACGGUACAAAGACAGGGUCCACCUGGACAGUGAGGCAUUCCGAACGAAUGGCAAGGCCACCAUCACCAUCCUCAACGCGUCCCUGGCUGACAGCGGGGUCUAUGUCUGCCAAAUCCAGGAAGUUAUGGCUCAGAAUAUCCAGAAGGGCAAUGGGACUCUGCUGACUGUGCUACCCAUGACUCAGUCUGGAUGGCUGCAGAGUCAGUGGUUCAACUGGACUGUCGUCAGUCUGCUGGUCCUGGUGGAUAUCAUUCUGCAGUUACUGUUGGUUUUGAGGUGCCGCCGUAAGCACAGUACAUGGGCACUCCGGAGGCAGGCACGUAGGAUGUUUCUGGUAGUUCAGUUUAUAGAUGAACAAAAAUCUGUGUCUGUUAUACCACAGAAUUGGUACAGUGAUGGCACAACCUUUUGGCCAAAUUAUAAGAGCGAUCAAAGACUCAACAAAGCAGCAAGAUAUGCUGAGGAACCAGGCCCAGACUGGACCAAGCACGAUGUUAGAGUACUAAAGUCCUACGGAGAUUACAUGUCUGCAUGGCAAGGGAUGAAGAAGUCUUUGAUUUGUCAAACUUCAGAAUUGGAUACAGAUGGUGAGGAGGAUAUAGGCAGCAUGAAAAGAGCAACUAAACCAAUCCACUACUAUGGUGACACUGACUAUGAAAGUGAACAUGAAGACUUGGCUAAGAAAACAAAAGUUCCCUUGACAAGAUCUUCAAAACCUCAACAGUCAACUGGACCUCGCACAUUAUCCCCACAUUCUGCACCUCAGGUACCAUCACCACCUUUACCUUGUCGCUCACCACCACAUUCUUCGCUUCAGGUGCCACCUCCUUACCAGUCACUAUUGCUCUCUGAAAAUACAUCUCAACAAAUUUCCAGGAACCUUCCAAAAAUGCAAAACACUUCUGAACUCUUCGGGCCUACUUACAGAGUGGGUCGAUGUGGAACAGAACCAAUACCUUGCACUGGUAAGUUAUGAUCGGACUAUUGAUUGUACUUGUUUCACAUAUUCAACAACCUUUUGAACAUAUCGGAGCAUAAGUCAACAAGUUAUUAGAUAUGUUAUGGUAUUUGUUGUCAUGUUCAUUUUGUG